AUGGCUUCACGAGCUGUUGCUGGCGGCCGCCCGGGUGCCAGAUUCGCCCAGUUCAAGCUCGUCCUACUAGGAGAAUCCGCUGUUGGAAAGAGCUCCCUUGUCCUUAGAUUCGUUAAAGACCAAUUUGAUGACUAUCGGGAAUCGACGAUCGGUGCCGCGUUUCUUACCCAGACGAUAUCUCUAGAUGAAAAUACAACUGUCAAAUUCGAGAUAUGGGAUACUGCUGGCCAAGAAAGAUACAAGUCUCUUGCGCCAAUGUACUAUCGGAAUGCGAACUGUGCUGUUGUUGUCUACGAUAUCACCCAAGCAUCCUCCCUCGACAAAGCAAAAUCAUGGGUAAAGGAACUUCAACGGCAGGCGAACGAGAACAUCGUCAUCGCCCUUGCCGGUAAUAAACUGGAUCUUGUGACGGAUAGCCCGGAUAAGCGUGCCAUCCAGACGGUAGAUGCUGAAGCCUAUGCGCGUGAAGCAGGUCUGCUUUUCUUCGAGACGUCAGCCAAAACCUCGACAAACGUACGAGAGCUAUUCACGGCCAUAGCGAAGAAACUGCCAUUAGACCAGGCGGGUCCCCGAAAUCUACGAUCUAAUCCCCGUCCAGGGGUUGAUUUGCGCCCUGAGGCUGCUGGACCACAGGCGAACAGCUGUUCGUGCUAGAGUUAGUGAUGGCUGGAGAGGUUAUACUUGAUUUACGCCCCUGGGUUCUUCCACUGGCAUUAAGUACGAGAAUCCAUCCGUUUGUCCCGUCCGCUACCGCUCGAAUUGCCUACAGUUCUUCUCUCUCCCACAUAUGGCCUUUAGUCUGUGUUCGGCAUGAGAAUGUAUCUCUGCAACCCCCCAACGAAAUGCGACAAAGAGGUAAUGGUUAUAUGGCAGCAUGGACAAGUUUUAUCCCAAAGUUGAAUGUGCAUUUAAAUAUGUGGUUAUCUCUAUAGCAGAUUUUGGGUAUCUUUUGUUUUCCUCCAACAUGCCUUUGCGUCGCACAUCUCCUUCCAAGCACUGGAACUAACCACGACGGCGUCCUAAUUGACUUCUGACGGCUUCGUCUUCGCAAUCUCAUUAGACCCAUGUUCGGUGGAUUUGCUCCCUCACCUUUUAAUACUUUAUUCGUGUUUCCCUUUUGUUCUGUUUGCUUUCCUCUGCUCUGCUCCCGGUGUUAUUUUGGCCGUCGUUUACUCUAGUAGUCGUUUACUUAGUAUAGUAUUCUAUCUUUCAUAUAUUCCUGGUUGCAUUUAUGGAUCGCUCAUCCCUCUCGCACCCACCCGUCAAUCCAUCCUUGAUCCUGUUUUGUUCUGUUUUCCUCCCCCUUCAUUGCCUUUUUUGACUUUAUUUGCUACCAAGAUGUUUAUUUUUUACGGCCAAAUAUGAAAAUAGUAAUGCGUAGUAAUUAGUGAUAUUCUCACCAG